AUGGGUCAUCCUGAAGAAGUCGAUGUUAUUGUAGCAGGAGGCGGUCCAGCAGGAUGUGUCGUUGCUGGCAGGUUGGCCUACGCCGAUCCCACCUUGAAAGUCAUGCUCAUCGAAGGAGGAGCCAACAACCGAGAUGAUCCUUGGGUAUACAGACCAGGAAUCUACGUCAAGAAUAUGCAGCGGGACGGGAUGCAAGCGACCUUUUACACAGACACGCAGGAAUCCCCCUUCUUGCGAGGCCGACAAAGCAUCGUUCCAUGCGCCAAUGUCCUCGGUACGUCGUGUUCCAACAGUAUCAAUUUCCAGAUGUACACCAGGGCGUCCGCAUCUGACUGGGAUGAUUUCAAAACUGAGGGAUGGACGGCUAAAGGCAUAAAUAUAGAUCUCUUGCCUUUGAUGAAGCGACUGGAGAACUACCAAAAGCCUGUCAACAAUGACACGCAUGGAUAUGACGGGCCCGUCGCCAUUAGCAAUGGAGGUUCUAUCACCCCACUGGCGCAGGACUUUUUGAGAGCAUCCGAUGCUAUGGGCAUCCCAUUCAGCGGUGCUGCCGCAGACCUCGAUACAUCCCAUGCCUCGGAGAUCUGGGCCAAAUACAUUAACAGACACACUGGUCGACGCAGCGAUGCCGCCACCGCUUAUGUUCACAGCGUCAUGGACGUUCAGAACAACCUGUACCUGCGCACGAACUCCCGCGUUUCCCGCGUCAUCUUUGAGGGGAACAAAGCUGUUGGAGUGGUGUAUGUGCCUGCUCGCAACAGGGCCGACGGAGGUAGGCUUCGCGAGACUGUUGUGAAGGCACGCAGGUAUGUUGUCUUGAGCGGUGGGACUCUCGGAACACCGCAAAUACUGGAACGGUCUGGUGUCGGUGACGCCAAAUUGCUCAAGAAGUUGGAUUUGAAGGUAGUAAGCGAUCUUCCCGGUGUUGGAGAGCAGUAUCAGGAUCAUUAUACGACUCUUACACUGUACCGCGUUUCAAACGAGAGCUUCACUCUGGAUGAUUUUUUGAGAGGAAACAAAGAAGUCCAGAAGGAACUGUUUGCAGAAUGGGAGACGAGUCCCGAGAAGGCGAGAUUGUCGUCUAACGCUAUCGAUGCAGGUUUUAAGAUUCGCCCGACCGAGGAAGAGCUCAAGGAAAUGGGCCCGGAAUUUAAUGAGUUAUGGAAUAGAUACUUCAAGGACAAGCCCGACAAACCGGUUAUGUUCGGUUCAAUUGUCUCAGGAGCUUAUGCGGAUCAUAGUCUUCUGCCUCCCGGCAACUAUAUUACUAUGUUCCAAUAUCUUGAAUACCCCGCUAGUCGUGGAAAGAUCCACAUCAAAUCACAGAAUCCGUACCAGGAGCCGUUCUUCGAUAGUGGCUUUAUGAACAACAAAGCCGAUUUUGCCCCGAUUCGUUGGAGUUACAAGAAAACCCGCGAGGUUGCUCGUAGGAUGGAUGCCUUCCGAGGUGAACUUACUUCCCAUCAUCCUCACUUCCAUCCAGCGUCGCCUGCUGCUGCCAGGGACAUUGACAUCAGGACGGCAAAGGAGCUCCUCCCGAACGGAUUUACUGUUGGAAUUCAUAUGGGAACUUGGCAUAAGCCGGGCGAGACUUACGACGCGAACAAGGCCCAUGAAGACAUCAAGUACAACAAGGAUGACGACAAAGCAAUCGACGACUGGAUUGCGGACCAUGUUGAGACAACCUGGCACAGUCUUGGGACGUGCGCCAUGAAACCCAGAGAAGAAGGCGGGGUUGUUGACAGUCGUCUCAAUGUCUAUGGAACUCAAAACCUGAAAUGUGUGGAUUUGAGUAUCUGCCCAGACAACUUGGGCACGAACACCUAUUCCUCUGCUCUCUUAGUUGGAGAGAAGGGCGCUGAUCUCUUGGCGGAAGAUAUGGGUUUUAAGAUCAAGACGCCGCAUGCGCCUGUACCACACGCGCCUCUCCCGAAAGGUGUUCCUAUGACCCAGCAGGCUAGAUUGAAGGCUCUGGUGUAG